AUAUCUUUAAGGCUUCUGAUUCUAAGCCCUAAGGCUACAAAGCUUAAGCUUAGCCUUACAGUAACACAGCGCCAGGAGAAGAUGCUAGAGUUACUUCCUAGGGAAAAUAAGCUUUUAAUUACCCUUAACUGCUGGACCUCUCUAUUCCAGCAGGCCUUUAUAAACUAUCGAGAGCUCUUACUUAGCUUUGAGCCUCUUUCCGGGGAAUAUUUAGGUCCUAACCUUGCAAAGGUCCUAAUUAUAAUUCUGCAGAAGCAUAAGCUAUUAGACCGGGUCCUUACGGUUACUACUGACAAUAUAUCUAAUAAUAAAACAUUAAUACAAAGUCUUCACGAAUCUGAGGAGCUAGAGCCUUUUCGUAAGCAGAUACAAAUCGUCUGGAUUCUAUGUCUUACAUAUGUUAUACAGCUUGCGUUGAAUCAGCUUCUUGGCCGUAUAAAAGCAUCGCCAAAAAAUGAUACAACUGAGAAAAGGGUUUCUUGGAAGAAGCUAAUGCUUACUGCUCUUGAGGCUGUACAGGAAAAGCUUGAUAAAUACUAUUCUCAGACUUAUGACUCUUAUAGUGAUCUUUUUGCUAUUGCAACAAUCCUUCAUCCUCAGAAAAAAUUAAGAUUCUUUACUACCCGCGAAUAG